CUCACCACAAACGCCUGGCUGCAGAUGUGGUACGACCACUACCUGCAGUGGAACCAGUCAGAAUAUCCUGGAGUUAAGAACCUUCGUUUUACCCCCGACCAGGUCUGGACGCCUGACAUAUUGCUGUAUAACAGCGCUCAUGAUAAGUUUGAUGCGACUUUUAAGACCUAUGUGCUGGUCAACUCCAGUGGUUUCUGUGAGUAUUUGCCUCCAGGAAUUUUUAUCAGCACAUGUAAUGUCGAUGUGAGAUGGUUUCCAUUUGACAUCCAGCGCUGUGAGCUGAAGUUUGGCUCAUGGACAUUUGAUGGUUGGCUGCUGGACAUCCAGAUGAAGAAGGCAGAUGUAUCAGGAUACAUGCCCAAUGGCGAGUGGGACCUACUGGAGGUCCCAGGAGGUCGUAAUGAGGUUUUCUAUGAAUGCUGUGUAGAGCCUUACCCCGACGUUACUUUUGUGGUGACGUUACGCAGAAGGACCCUGUUCUACGCUCUCAACCUCCUCAUCCCCUGUGUGCUCCUCUCCUCCAUGACCCUGCUGGUCUUCCUGCUGCCUGCCAACUCUGGGGAGAAAAUCAGUCUGGGCAUCACAGUUCUGCUUUCUCUGACUGUCUUCAUGCUGAUGGUUGCAGAGAUUAUGCCCGCCACUUCAGAUUCUGUACCACUGAUAGGUCAGUAUUUCGCCAGCACCAUGGUGAUAGUUGGGAUGUCAGUGGUAGCCACAGUCAUCGUCCUCCAGUUCCAUCACCAUAACCCCGACAGUGGACACAUGCCACGCUGGGUGAAUUUAGUUCUGCUGCAGUGGGUUCCCUGGUUUCUGCGAAUGAAGCGUCCAGGUGAGGGAGUGGAGCCUACUCUUUCCAACAGUCAGGCAGACUCCCAAAGCAAGACCCUGUCCUCUCCAACCACCACCACCACCACCAUCCCCACACCAGCGCCCUCCGUCCUCCCACAGGGCCUGAACUCCUUGCAGGCCAGCCUGGCACAGCUCAACCUCUCUUUGCCACACUCACUGCCUCACCGUCCAAACUCUCAGGCUAUCAUCCUCCCUAAUCCCAUUCACAGAGAUCCCAACCCACAACCCCAGCCUAAUGGGCAUCUGCCUUACAUGGGAUUCCAGACCUUCCACACCACAGCAGAGCUGGAACCGAUCCAGAGAAACAGAACCACCAGUCAUGGUAGGGGUAACAGUGAACUAGGAGAAGGAGAGGGAGCAGGAGCAGGAGGGGGACCAGUCAGCGAUAUACCACUUCAUCACCAACACCAAUCUUCUAAGUUUGUGAGCCCCACACAGGAACUUCCAGUGUGCCUGGACCCUGACCAAUUAACCACAGCUUCUGGAGUCUGCGGCUUAGAGGCUGGGACUGGGAGAUCAGCUGUGUUGCAUGCCCACAGUGGGAUGAUUCGAUCUGUGGCAGUGGACAACCAGCUGCAGGCUCUUCUGGCAGAGGUGCAGUUCUUAGUUGAACGUGUUCGUGAGCAGGACCGUCAGUUGAGCUUGGCAGAGCAGUGGCAGUUUGCCGCGGCGGUCAUCGACCGGUUGUGCCUGGUUGGAUUCAGUGUUUUCAACAUUAUCUGUACCAUCGCUAUCCUUAUGGCUGCACCCAACUUUGGAAUAGCACUCUCAAAAGACUUCCUCUAAGAGGCAAAAAAAGACAUUUGAUAGACCAAGGAGGUGUUAAGAGAUGACACAGAUACGGACGUGCUGGAAGCACAAUUGCUCUCUAAGACAGUCGGAAGUAAACAGCGAGUAUUUCAUGGACCGUGACGCGUCAGUUUCGUCCUUUAUCCUGUAUACUGUAGACCUCAUCAUGCCUCCAACACUGUUACAGUGCUUUGUUUCAUUAUUUAAUGAUGGUUUGUGGACUAACUAACAUAUAUUUAGUCUAGAAAUAAAUGCUUUUUGUGAAAUAGACGCCUUAAAGAUAGUUAUCCCACAGCCUGACUUGAUUAAAUUUGUAAAAUAGGAUUACAGCUGCCCAGUCAAGAGAAACUAGACAUAGAGGUUUUAAAGCAGAACUUAUGUAAGAGUUUAAAAGCUCAGGGUUACAUCAAGCCUAGCUUUGUGUACUGAGUAUCAGUGAAAACUGUUAUUUCUUAAAUCUGCAGUGCCCAUAUUUUGUUAACAGUAUCAAGGUGGUGUAUGGGUUUCAAUUGAAUUCAUUUUCUUUCAAGGUUUUCUUUUAGAAGGAUGUCUAUGCCUGCAAAAAAUGUGAUGAAUCAGAGGCACUACGGAUGAACUUCUGCAUCUUCUUUAGCAACUGUGUUUGCUUGAGAUGGUAGUGAAGUGCUAAAAAACACCUCUCGCAUACCGUCAAGGGAAUAUUUUCUGUCUAUUGCAUUUUAGUUUCUGUAAACUUACACACUGCAUCGACGUGAUGUUUCAAACAUGCCCUCUGUUUAUCGUUAAGGAGGAUGCUUUUUGAUUAUCUAUGAGAGCUUACUGCACUGAAAAGAAAUGUUUCAAAACUCCUUAUUUUGUUCAUGAUUUGUAAUAUUAUAGUUUAUCUGCUCUGGUAUCAGUAAAAUUCAGACUGCAAAGGAAGAAUCGAUGAUUAGUCAUGUAAAUUUCCCAAGGCUUUUAUUUAAUUACAUGCAUUACUCUCGCUCAUCUAUUGCCACGCUCGCGCUGUUGUGUAUGCAGAAAAAUGCAGUCCCUGUGAUUGUGAUUUUUAAUGUAAUGUAUGAUGUUGGACACUUUAUUACCAGGGCUGUGACAGACUGAGCUGUAAAU